AUGAAUCAAUAGGAAGCCAUAGAAGUUUACAUGGCAAAACAAGGUAAAGCAGUUUAAUCAUAUUUGAUUACCUUGGUUGACGGAACAGGUUCAAUGAGCAAUGAAUAUGAAUCAGCAAUCAAAGCACAUUAGGAUGUUUUUUCAGAUUUAGGCAAUAAAAAGAUGGAUUAUCAAUGGGAAGAGGAUUUAUAUUCUUUCCUUCCUUUUAGAAGUGCAGGAAGUGGAAAUAUUUCAAAUACAUUUAAUGUUAUCUUUCAAAAAUUAUUGAAUGAAGCCUACCCUAAAAAUAUUACUUUUUUAUUUGUAAGUGAUGGAAGAGAGCAUUUUGAAAUGAAUGAAAUAUCAGCAAAAAUUGAAGAAAUUAAAACAAAAUAUUUAAUUUAAUUCAUGUGUGUUGCUGUAGGUGAUUCUUUUCCUGGUUAGAUUAGCAAUCAAUUAAGAGACAAAAUUCACAAUUAAAAUGAAAGCUGUCCUGCUGUCUUUAAAGUAGAAAGAAAACGUUAAUCUUCUGAUGUCUUGUAUUAGGAAUUUAGUAAAAUUUUUAGAGAAGUUAAGGGUUUAUUAAAUGUUCAAGAGAAACAUUUUGAAGUAAAUUAGCCUGUUUAUUAAACAUUGGUAUAACAAUAACCAACAAAAAAUGUAGCACCAAAUGAACCUUUUUUUAGAAGGGUUGAUGAAAAAGCAGAGCCAUUAGUAAUAGAAGAUGAAGUUGUUAAACCAACAGAUAAACCAAGUGAUAUAUCAAAAUUAAUUACUAAUUCUGUGGAAAAGGAACUCAUNUUUAUUUUAUUAUAGGUUUUAAGGGGAAUAGAUUACAUGAUGUAAUUUUUACUUAUUAAAUCAUCAUCAUUUGAAUUGGUUGAAAUCCUUCAAGAAAUUAAGAAUCGUACUAAAUUGAGAUGUACUUAAAGAAAGGAUGUGUUAAAAAAACAUGAUAAGUGUAUAAUAGCUAUGUUCUAUGUUUUUUGUUUUUUUUAAACAAAUUGUUAAUUUCUAAUUAUAUAUUUUUAAUAGAAAUUGCUAAUUAUAUAUUUUUAAUAGAAAUUGUUAAUUAUAUAUUUUUAAUAGAAAUUGCUUUCAUUUUAAUGCAAGUCUUGAUU